CCGUCAUGGCUUAAAAGGUUUAAAGCCUUUUGAAAAUAGCAUCACUGAUAGCUAUUUAUGAGGUUAAUUCACGCUAAAUUGUAUUUAGAGAGUAAAGAAUUUACUAAAAUGGAUGUAAUUAAUAAUAGUGUUACGGGAAUGAAAACUGAGUUCAGUGAGCUAAUACAGUAUAUGCCGACACGUUCCAUCAGCGACGCCGCAGCGACUUUUCAGGUUAGCAGGAAAUCAGCACCUUCUAAAACAGAUAUACUGGAGGCAGUGAAAUUAGAUCCAGCAGUUUUGGAGGCGCAGAUCACAAUUGACAACAGCGGCACCGGACCUGAUACAACUACACAACGUUGUAAUUCCGCAACUAAGGACAGAAAAGCUCUUGUUAUGCGAGGCCAGUCGUCAAACAUCUCAACCUUUGAAAAGAUGAUGUCGAUGCAGCAGGCAGCGCUCUUGGCCCUGAGUCCUAAUCAGUUCGAGUUGCUGUUGAAAUUCACCGAUACACUUCGCGCUCAGCGUCGGAAUAAUCAGAUGAAUUUAGAAUGUGCCUUCUGCAAGAACAACGGCAAUCCUGUAGCCUGGUACACGUCUCACGCGUUAAAGAAUUGGCGCGGUAAGGUGCGGUGUCCUGUGUUGCGUGCCCACAUAUGUCCACGAUGUGGCGCUACCGGCGAUUAUGCUCACACAAACAAAUACUGUCCAGAGAACAUCUGAUUCUGAGGGUGUUUUACAACACUUUGUAAGGUCUCGUCAUUAAAUAGCUCAGAUUUCGCCAGACGCCUAGUACCUAGUUGUAGUGGACGCGUGCAUCUCCGCAGUUCUGUGAUUGGCCAGUGGUGCUAUCCUCCACAAACGUUCCCAGUUGCUUGCGUGGAAAUAUCAAGCUUGCUGGAUAUCAAACUCACGCAACGCAAAGAAAUCCAACGCAAACCAAGCGGCCGGCGCAAGCGAGCGACUCGUGCACAGUCCUGCCUGCGCGUACGAGACAGACCUUUGCGUAUGCGCGAAGCGAGUCACGCAAGCAAGCUAAAAACGCAAGUGAAAGACUCGUAAACCCGUCAUUACGCCGGUUGGCAGAUCCUUUCAUCACGAUAGCAAGCGUUAUAGUCUACGCCAUGAAGACUAUAAUGCUUGUUGAGAAGACGCGUAUUUAUUGCCCCCGGAAUGAAUUUAUGACUUCAUGAAGACGACUAUCAAGAACAGCUAA